AAUGAUGUUCGAUGGUCUGUAAAAAAUUAACAAUUAAUUGUGUGGAACGAUUUGAAUGUUGAGUCAAUUAAUGUUAAUUUUGGAUCACGAUCUGGCGUAAUAAUACAUUUCAGUAUACAGUUAAAUCAUCGUUCUCUUCUGAAUGACUAAACUUGAUUUCCAGUGCAUAUUCGUUUAAUAAGUGUUCAAUGGCGAUUCUGGUUUCGAUUAGAAACCACAUUUUCAGUAUACUAUCAAGAAUAUCUACCCUAAAUGCAACGGAAGUGAUGUUAUCUUUGAUGUGAAAUUUUUAGACAACCUUACUGUAAGGAGGAGAUGUAUAUAUCUCAACCUGUUAUAAAAUCCAUAUUGAAAAAAGGAUAUAAAGCGUAAGCAUUGAGUGUGGAGGUCAAUACUGAAUGUGGUCCAUAACAUACAGCCAUUUAACUCGAGAAACUAGUUGAAAUGCAGAAUAACUCACAAAACAACAAACAUGGCGAAAAUUCAUCCGACUCACCGGUGUCUGUAGAAGAAUACACGAUUUUACUACCGCGUAACAAUGCCAAAAGGUAUCAUGUAAUGCGUUUUCAUGCAUCCUCCAAUGUGGAUUUUGACAAGUGGGGAACGGCCAAAAUGGUGCGAGAAAAUAAUUCUAAUGAAUUCAAAGAACAAGAGAAAUCCAUACCAAAGUUUGGUGCCGGGUCGGAGUACAACCGUGACCAGAAGGAAGAAAUUCGUCGCAAGCGUUUUCGAAAGAAUGCGAAAAAAUAUAGUUCAGAAGCGCAGCCGUGGUUGUUGAGAAUCGGUGGAAAGGAAGAUGGUAGGAUGUUUCGUGGUAUUCGAGAUGGUGGCGUUGCACAGUAUAUGGCAUUUUAUGUGUUCAUCCCAACUUCAAGUGGGACGAUCGAAGCCUAUCCAUUGGAAGAGUGGUAUAAUUUUCAGCCUAUUCCACGAUACAAGACACUCUCCAUUGAGGAAGUUGAAGAGGAAUUCAACCAAAGGGAAAAAUCACUCAACUAUUUCAAUAUGAUGAGGAUGAAGCGGAAGAAAGGUGAUGAGGAAAUUGACGAAGAGCUAGAAGAAAGUGAUAGUACAAAACGGAGUGCCAGGGGUAGGAAGAAGGGUUUGCAGAUCAGUGAGAUGGAUGACUGGAUCGAUUUGGAUGACGCAAAUUCAACCGACGACGACGAAGAGCAAAAGAAGGAGGAGAAGGACAGUGAUGACGAGAAUAAGAAAAAGACUAUGGACAGAAAGAAAAUGGAAAACGGUAAGAUGAAGAAGAAGCGAGCAGUGGACUAUGAAGCGUUUGAGGAUUCGGAUGAUGGAGACGAUGAAGGCCGAGAGUUGGAUUACGUUUCUGAGUCUUCAGAAAGUCAUUCUGAGUUAGGAACAAACACGGAACUGAAAUCGGUUGCUGAAGAAGAUGGUCUGCGUAAGCUACUCACUUCCGACGAAUCUUCGGAAGAUGAGGAAAAUAAGUCAAAAGAAGUGGAUGAAAAUAUAAACGAGAAGGUUAAAAGUGACAACGGCGACUCAAACUCGAAGGAGAAAACCAAAACGAAAAAGCAAACCAACAAUAGUAGACAAGAUUCCUUCAGCAAUGGCCACUCUAGUAGUUCCGAUUCCGAAGCGGAAAAUGAUAUCUCGCAGCGAAGGAAAAAGAAUUCUAUGUCGCUCAAUAAAAGCAACUCCAGAAAAGCUCCGAAGGAGGAAGGUAACAAAUUGGACUGCCCGGUUGAUUCUGUCGUAUCGCACAUCAGCAGUAGUCCAUCCUCGCCUCUUGCUAAGCUGGCUGAAACAUAUUCUGCGCCAAGACUCACUUUGCACUCUAGUUCAUAUGGCCGAAUAGUCAAUAAUUAUGGCAUUACCGAGGAUGUUGUACGGCGCUAUCUGAAACGUAAACCAAUCACUUCUACCGAACUGUUGAGCAAAUUAAAAAACAAAAAAGUGCCUAAAGAGAAGCUCCUGGAAGUAUUGUUGUUUAUGUUGGAGAAAAUUAAUCCGACAAAACAAAAUAUACGAGGGAAAGUGUACUAUAGUCUUAAAUAAUAGGUAGAGAAUAAUACCAACCAUGACAUUAAAAACUACUUGACAAAGGUGUAAAUUUUUAGGCUAAUGAUUGCGAAUUAGAACCAAAAUAUAAACACUAAAAC